AUGUUAAUACUCCGACAUCUUGCUGUUGCCCCUGGGAGUGGAUGUACUACUCAGAAAAGCAACCCCUUCCAAGCCAAUGAAAGCUCAGGCGCUGACACUGCGCAUGUAGACCAUGGCACUCUCCGUCAGAUCUUGAAGACUACCUGCGAGGGUUUGAAUGUCGCGAAACAGAGGGGUUUCGAGAGUACCUGCGAAGUUGUGGAGACUGCCAGCGGUAACGGUGCUCGCAAGGGCGUGGACAUCACGCGAGAGAAUGGAGGUUCUGGGCCUGACAGCGCUCAAAACUGCCAGCACACUGCGCGUAUAUGCGACAAAACCCCGUUUGGUUCGGAUAUUGCCUGUGGCAGCUUGGAUGUCGCGUUGAGUCUCAUCCGGAGAAGCGGUGGAAGCAUUGGUAGUGGUCGCGGCCUGGGACAUGCGGAUGGGAGUCUGAAGAACGAGGAUUUGGAACUCAUUGAUUCUGGGGCUAAAGUCCGCAAUCUUAUCCAGAAGCCUCUUCAGACGCUCGUUGCUAUCAACAAAGAGGCAUGUUACAUUUAA